AUGUCCGGCUAUCCAAAUCCUAAUGACUACUCAUGGCAACCUCAAAAUAAUACUCCUAACUAUUCAUUCAAUACGUCGAAUACGUUUGGUGAUUCACAAACUUUAGAUUUUCAGAAUUUCACUGCUGACCAGCAAAAUUACUCAUUUGAUCAAGGACAGAGUAUUCCUGCUAACAACAAUCAGUACUAUAAUCCUAAUUUAUUCACACCUGCACCCAUACCUGGGGAAUCAACCACAGAUGCUACAGAAUUCGAUGAACCACCACUUCUCGAUGAAUUGGAGAUUUACCCUGACAGAAUACUAGAAAAAACUUUAGCAGUUCUAAAUCCUUUCCAUGGACAGUCCAAAGCAGAUGAUGCAAAUUUCUUACUUAAAGAUACAGAUAUUGCUGGACCAAUAGCAUUUUGUUUAGCAUUAGCAGUAUGUCUAUUUCUUUCUGGUAACAAAGCACAUUUUGGAUAUGUAUAUGGCUUAUCUCUAAUGUCUGUUUUUCUGAUGUACUUUCUACUAUCACUUAUGAGUCGUACAGAAGGUGUAUUCACUGUAUACAGUGUAGCGAGUGUGUUAGGAUACUGUAUGCUUCCAAUGGUAGCCUUAGCUGGUUUGGGCAUUUUUAUAACACUAGAUGGUAAUAUUGGCUAUAUUCUAUCCGCAAUAGCUGUUAUCUGGUCGGCUUUAUCAGCCAGCCGUCUGUUUGUUACUAUGUCUGGAGAUGCAGAACAAAGGCCACUCAUUGCAUACCCAUGUGCUUUAGUUAAUGGAGUUUUUGCUCUACUUGUUUUAUUUUAA